AUGAAUAUAAGAUUGUUAGCAAAAAGCAGUAUAAGAAAUGGCCUUUUUAGGUACUACUCUUCUGCGGCACCCCAAGCGAAGAAACCCACAGGUGUAGUUUUCAUGAACAUGGGGGGCCCAUCUAAAGUCAGCGAAACUUAUGACUUUUUAUAUCGUUUGUUCUCUGACAAAGAUCUUAUUCCUUUGGGACCAUUUCAGAACUGGACGGCUAAGUUCAUAGCUCGUAGAAGAACCCCAAAGAUUGAGAGCCAUUAUGAAGAGAUUGGUGGGGGUUCACCCAUCAGGUACUGGUCUGAGUACCAGUGUCAAAAGGUUUGCUCCAUAUUGGAUAAGAUCAACCCCGAAACCGCUCCUCACAAGCCUUACGUGGCGUUCAGGUAUGCUAAUCCAUUAACUGAGGACACCUUGAAGCAAAUGUUGAACGAUGGAGUUGAAAGGGCUGUUGCCUUCUCGCAGUACCCUCAGUUUUCCUAUUCAACUACAGGUUCUUCUAUGAACGAGUUGUAUAGAAAAACGUUGGAAUUAGACCCUGAAAGAAGUAUAGUUUGGUCUUUUAUCGAUCGUUGGCCAAAGCACCAAGGGUUGAUCAAGGCAUUCUCCCAACACAUUGAAGACAAGGUAGCCGAAUUCCCUGAAUCUGAAAGAAGUAAUGUAUCCAUCUUAUUCUCUGCGCAUUCAUUGCCUAUGGAAAUAGUCAACCGUGGAGACUCUUAUCCUGCUGAGGUUGCGUCUACCGUGUAUGCUAUAAUGGAGAAUUUAAACUUCAAGUACAAGUAUAGAUUGGUUUGGCAAUCUCAAGUCGGCCCUAGACCAUGGCUUGGUGGGCAAACUGACAAGAUUGUCAAGAGGUUAGAGAAGAAGGACGAAAUCAAGGGCAUGGUAUUGGUUCCAGUUGCAUUCACCUCCGACCAUAUUGAAACCUUGCACGAGUUAGACAUCGAAUUGAUGGAGGAGAGUGAUUUCCCUGAAAAGAUCAAGAGAGCCGAAUCACUAAACGGAAACGAACAAUUUAUUGAAGGCUUGGCUGAGCUCGUGAAGGACCACUUGAAUUCUGAGACUUUAUACUCCAAGCAAUUAGAAUUAGACGUAUCAUUAGCAGGAGAAUAUGCAUCUGAUACCUUCGACCACCCUAGUGAGAUGUUUGGAGAUCAUAGAACGAAGUAA